GACAAAUCCCAAGGACACUACAAAACCGCUGCAGAGAUACAGCUGACACUGACCGCUUUACACGCGUUUACACUGGCACUUGACUAGUCAUGACCAGAACACUAUUAAUGCUCCUGUCCGCUCUCUGCUGCUGUCUAGCGGACAAUGUGGAGCUGCUCCGCUCAAAGAGAGGGACUCGUUUUUAUAGAGCACGUUGUGUGGAUAGUAAGUCAUCAGCAGUGCGUAAUUUUGGGGACAGUUGGCUGCGAUGGAGGGGACAACGUGUGGAAUAUUGCCAUUGUGAAUUAAGUGGACGAGAGCGUUGUCAUUUUGUGCCCGUCAUCAACUGCUACACGUCUCAGUGCUAUAACGGAGGGAUCUGUAAGGAGGCCGUGUACACUUCAGACUACAUCUGCCAGUGUCCCCGAGGCUUCAGUGGGCGUCAGUGUGAGAUCAACAACAAUGAGAAGUGUGUGGUUGGGCAGGGCACAGGGUACCGUGGCACAUGGAGCAUCAGCCAUACAGGAUCAGGGUGCAUCAACUGGAACUCUACAUCACUGAGGGGAAGGAGGUUCACCGCCAGUAAAGUGGACGCCAGUAUUCUUGGAUUGGGCAAUCACAAUUUCUGCAGGAACCCUGACGGUGACAGCACUCCCUGGUGUUACGUCUAUAAAGGCACUCAGAUCAACUGGGAGUUCUGUUCUUUGCCAAAGUGUCGAGAAGAUAAGUACAAAGAGUGUACGAUGGGCUCCGGGCAGUCUUACAGAGGAACAAAAGCUGUCACUAAGAGCGGCUCUCGCUGUAUCCAAUGGGACUCACCUGCUGUGAGGCGCAAACACAACAAUGCAUGGAGAUCAAAUGCACUGGAGCUGGGAUUGGGCAGCCACAGCUUCUGCAGGAAUCCAGAUGGUGAUGUGGGUCCAUGGUGUCACACCUACAAAAACAUGCAGUUGACCUGGGAGCUCUGUGACAUUCCUAAAUGCUCGAGACGGCCACCUGUGAUCCCCACUCUCGACCCUCGUGCCCCCACAACUAACAAUAACAGAGCAACUUGUGGCCAGCGUUUGGACAACACCCUGAAUCGCCCCGCCUUCCGCAUGUUUGGGGGCAGAGUGAGCGACAUCACGGAGCAGCCCUGGCAGGCAGCCAUAAAUGUUUUCAGUACCCGUAGCAAGCAACACUUUCACCUAUGUGGAGGAGUCCUCAUUGAUUCCUGCUGGAUCCUGUCUGCUGCACACUGCUUCGAGGAAAGACAAAAAGCAGAGGCUUUGGAGGUGAUUCUGGGCCGAACAUUUCGGAAGCAGAAUUCAAGCGGCGAGCAGAUUUUUCAAGUUGAGAAGUACUGGAUCCAUGAGAAAUUCGACAAAGAAACAUUUGACUAUGACAUAGCUCUGCUGAAGCUCAAGACGGACAUUGGCAUGUGUGCUGUAAACUCUCCAGAGGUUCAUCCUGCAUGUCUGCCUGAACCAGGGCUGGUGCUGCCUGACUGGACUGAGUGUGAGAUCUCAGGCUAUGGAAAAGACUCUGAAUUUGCUGCAAUGAACUCCGAGCGUGUCAAGAGAGGUUUUGUUCGUUUGUGGCCCAACGAGCGCUGCGUCCCAGAUGUGCUGUCUGGACGGCUGGUUACCUCCAACAUGCUGUGUGCAGGUGACACCAGAGGCCUGGAUGAUGCCUGCAAGGGAGACUCUGGUGGCCCACUUGUUUGCCGAAACAAUGACAGGAUGACCCUCAUGGGUGUGAUCAGCUGGGGCGAUGGUUGUGGGCAGAGAGAUAAGCCUGGUGUCUACACCCGUGUCACUCAUUUCAUCGGCUGGAUUAAUGGCAAAAUUAAGGAAAACCCAGUCUAAUGUAAAACAGACUUGCAAAGAAUACAUUGUUGGAUGAAUAGAGUGGGUAAUGUAACAUACAUAGAUAUGUUUAUCUAUGUUAAAAUCCACAGGACUCAUGUUCAGAGCCAGUUUACCUGAAUCCAAACUGGAUUUAAUACCACUCCUUCAGAGAUGCACAGGAAGGACCUCAGUCAUGAGUUUUUACACUCAGUGUAGCUCCAUGUUUUCAAGUUUGUUUCCUGUCACUGUUUUGAUUGCAACAGUAACAAUGGACAGAAACACAGAACAAGCUCUUCUUCCUCCUUCUGGGCCAUCUUAAUCUUGAUGAUAUUUUUUGUCCUUUCAUGCAUGGGAAAGUUUAAUUGUGCUCUUGGUAUUGCCACCAUUGGACACCCAGCGCAGAGAGCGGGCUGUCACCAAACUGGA